CGGCCCCAGCCCGUUCCGUUCCCAGUGUGCCGCGUGAUCCCGGGCCGGUUACACGGAGAGCGCGCCGCCGGUGCCUCCCGCGCCACAGUGAGACGAGACGCUCAGCCCAGUGAGCAGAGAGCCCAGGCAGUCGGGCCUGCUGGGGGCGGACGCACCCGCAGCGUGUUGUGAGUGUGUCAGUGCCGUGUGGUGUGCCAGAGUGCACGAAGUGGCACGGAGUGGCACGGAGUGUGUGCGCCCAGCCCAGCCCCCCCUGCCACCGCCCAGUGGAUACCGUACACCCGGCCCAACCCGUCCGCCCGCACCGAGACCAAGCCCAGCCCAGCCUCUUGGAUUAGCGACGACGCGAUACGCCCAGCCUUAAGUGCUGCUGAGGGAGCACAGCUCAGUGCGCUGUGCGCAUGCCCAUCCCAGGCGACAGGUGCGCUCGUGCUACGGCACUGUGUACCGGGUGUCCCUGCGGCCCGGGUCCCGGCCCUGGCCACGGCCUCGCCCUCGCUCCUGGGACUGGUGCGUCUCCCGGUCGCCGCACUGCCUCGUCCACCCUGAGGACCGCGAGACUACGUGGGGGGCGUGCCUGCCCGGCCUGCCCCUCGGGGGCGGGGGGCCGUGCGUGGGGCGGUGCGGGGGCCGGUGCGGGGGGUACUGCCCGGAGCAGCCUGCUGCCCAGCCUGCCCCUGCCCCAGGCCCCAUGCCUGCACUCCGCGCCCUGCUAAACCGGCGCAAAGGGUCGCCGACCAUGUCCACGACGCCCCCGGCCCCUCCAGGCGUGGGUGGCGGAGGCGUGGGACCGCCCUCGGCGGCCGCCCUGCCGCCCCCGGGCGCCUCCCCGCACGCUGCAGCGCCCCCAGUCGCGCCGUCCCCACGGACGGCCGCCCAACUGGCCCGCGCGGCCUUCUUCUCUACGCCGUCGCCGUCGACCAAGCCUGCGCCUCCUCCCGUGACUCGGAGGGCCAGCGAGGAAGUGUCCCUGUCGCCGACGGCAUCCUCUCCGGGCCAGCCGCUCCGCCGCCAACUGAGUGCGGCCAGCCUGGGCCUGGGCCUCGGUGGCCUCGGGCUCGGCGGCCUCGGGCUGUCCAGGGUCAAGAGUGCUGACGGCCUGGCCGAUGUGGCACCGCUGCUCUCCAGGCAGCGCUCGUGUGACAGCGCGGUGGGCGCCACGGGGGCCGCGGGCCGCCGCUCUCCGCCCGGUAGAGCUCCGGGGCGCGCGCGCGCCGUCUCCUGCUACAACGUGCUGCAGUUCCUCAAGGACCGCGCGCUGCCGCGCUCAUCACCCCCGCCCGCGGGCCAGCUGGGGCCGCCGCUGAGGAAGUGCCUCACCACCGGCAGGCUGCAGGGGCUGGCCGAGCCCGUCCGGCCCGUCAACAGGCUGAGGAUCCCCAGCCACGGCGGCGCGUCCGCGGCCUCCGCCUCGCGGGUGUGCUCGCGGUGCUCCAGCAUCCUGUCGCUCGCCUCCUCGUCGCGCUACUCGCUGCACGCCAGCGCCGCCUCCUUCACCCCCCUCUCCCCGUCGAGGACGUCCUCCCCCAUCCCCGGCGCGCCGCCGCCGCCCGAGGAGUACGUGCUGUGCAAGCUGUGCCUGAUGGACGUGCCCGAGACUCUGACAACGCGCCUGGGCACCUGCCAAUGCCGAUACUGUGUCGAGGUGAGUCGCCCCGCCCGGAGCAUCCUCCGCGCCGUGACCCCGCGCAGGCGUGCCCGUGGCCGGCGCGUCCCACCGCGCGCACAGCCGAGCCCGCCUCAUUUUCCUUAAUGACGGCGGCCCUCC